AUUGUCACACACACACGCACUCUCAUACACACGCACACUGUCACACACACAGACACACGCAUUGUCACACGCACGCACACACUCCAGCGCACGUCACCCAACAUAGCCAAUCGCUGUUCACCGUCGCCUGCUGCUGCUGCUGUUGUUGAUGCCGCUGUUUGUGCCCCGCACACCGAGAGGAAGAAGCUCCCUGCGUGCUAGCGGCGUCCCUCCAACAUCAUCAUCAUCAGCAGCAGCCGCCAUCCUUCAGCAACAUCAACAACGACCACGACCACUGAUGACGGAGGAAUGAGAUAGGCGUGUGUGCCCAGGCGUGAGACGGGAGCUGGUGGGAGGCUGCUACGAGCCUGCCAGCGGAGGGCUCUGCCGUGGGUCCUGUCGGUGUGUCGCCUGGGCCGAGUCCACCCACACUGAGCCGUGUCCACCCACGCUGCUGAGACGGGCGAGGCGUACGUCUCCCUCUCUCGCGCGCGCUGCCGGCGUUUACCGGCGUUUGCCGUCGCGAUGAGCCAGCUACGCUACCGCAAGCCGCACAGGGAGCAGGGUAACGGGCGGCGGCACAACGAUGACGUUCGGCACGGAGCGCCGCCGACCGGGAUGGACAAACGAGAUGGGGCGGUGGUGUCGAAAAAGCGGACGCUGGGGCUCGUCCUCGGCUGCCUGGUGGGAGUCGCUUCAGGGCUGUGCCAUGCCAAGUACCUGGGCACGCUGCACGAGAAUGAGCUCUGGUUCUCCAACAUUCAGGAGGUGGAGCGUGAAAUCUCGUUCAGGACAGAAUGCGGCCUCUACUACUCCUACUACAAGCAGCUGCUGCAGGCGCCCUCCUUCCUGCAAGGCAUUCGUGAGCUGGUCUACGACAACCGCACUGAGUCGCUACGGACCAUCAAUCUCCUGCAGCGCAUGAACAUCUACCAGGAGGUCAUCAUGGGCCUCCUGUACUGCACCCUUCCCCUCCAGGGUUGGCUUGAGCCCGUCUACUUCUACAUCCACGCGGUGUUCCAGCUGCAAGGCCUCUACGUGGUGGCGCUGCACGUCACCGCCUGGUUGCUCAGCGGCACGUGGUUGGCGGGCCUUCUGGCCGCCACGUGGUUCACCGUCAACAGGCUGGACACGACCAGGGCGGAGUUCACCAUCUCCCUGCGCGAGAACUGGGCCCUGCCCUUCCUCGCCUGCCAGGUGGCCGCCGUCACCUGGUAUCUGCGGCCCAACCUCAGGCCCCGGCAGGAGAGGCCGGUGCUCGCUGCAGUGUGGCUCAGCACCUUCGUGUUUAGCCUGGCGUGGCAGUUCAACCAGUUCGUGCUGCUCAUACAGGCGCUGGCGCUCUACGGCCUACGCUGCCUGCAGCUCGCGCCCGCACGCAAGGUGGACUGGGUGCUUGCGGGCCAGACGGUGUCCAUGCUGCUCGUGUGCCUGCUACAGUUCCUCAAUCCCAUGAUCCUUGGUUCACUCACGCUCAGCUUCCUGCUGGCCACCUUCCUGGCGAGGCGACUGCAGCCGGACCUGGAAAUGGGCGGGUUCUGGCGACGGAUCUCCAGCCUCGCCCUUCACCUGCUCAUCGUCACCUCUCUCACCUUGACCAUCAACUUUGGUGCCAAGGUGCUGCUGCAGCUGCAGUCAGACGAGCACAUCUUCAAGUUCCUCAAGGCCAAGUUCGGUCUGGGUAACACCAGGGACUUCGAUGCGAAGCUUUACCUGUGCGAGGAGGCGUUUGGCUGGCUCCCGCUCGACACGUUCGUGCGCCUGUCCCGCACCGCCGUGUUCCCCGUCUACGCGCUGGCACUCGCCAUCUGCGCGAUUGGCGCCGGCGCCGCCGUCUUCAGAAGGCUCAGAGGGCCUGGCCUCGGCGAGGUGCGCACGGCGCCGGGCGCGAGGGACGUGUUCCUCCGCCCCGACCUCCUCUACAACCUGGCGCACACGCUGCUCUUCUUCCUGCUGGCGCUCUCCACCAUGCGGAUGAAGUACCUGUGGACGUCGCACAUGUGCGUCUUUGCGGCGUUCGCCGUGAGCGACGGUGGACUUUGGGCGGCGACUGCGCAGGCACUGGGCAAAGCGCCCGAGAAGUUGAGCAAAGCUCGAUACGUGGUGCCCGCCCUACUGCUGCUCUACACAGUUGUGCAGGCGGUGCCCCGGGUAAGGACGGAGAUGGGGGAGCUGCGGGAGUUUUACGACCCCGACACCGUGGACCUCAUGAACUGGAUCAAGCAGGCCACACCCCCGGACGCGGUGUUUGCGGGCACCAUGCAGUUGAUGGCCGGCGUGAAGCUGUGCACGGGGCGGGUGCUCACCAACCACCCGCACUACGAGGACAAGACGCUGCGGGAGAGGACACGGCAGGUGUACCAGGUGUACGCGCGCAGGUCUCCCGCGGAGGUGCACGCGGUGCUGCUCUCGCUGGGCGCCCACUACGUCGUGCUGGAGGACAGCGUCUGCUACGAGCGGCGGCACGGCCGCGGCUGCCGCUUGCGCGACCUGCUGGACAUCGCCAACGGCCAGGUGAUGGAGGGAGAAGGCCCCAAUGACGCCGAUCUCACCGUGCCGACGCACGGACGCUUCUGCCACGAGAUCAAGGCACAGUCGCCGGCCUUUGCACGCCUAUUCCGCGCCGUCUUCUCCAACAACACCUUCCACGUCUACCGCAUUCUGCACCCCGCGGCGCCGGGGCCAGACCAAGCGAACUCCGUGGACUCGCGAGCCGAGCAACCGGACGGGACUGGAGCUCGUACAGAUCGCGCCGGGAGCCCGACCAGGACUCCCGGCUAACCACACGUCUAUGCCAGACCCCACUCGACCAUUUAACUGUUAAAGCAGGCCUCAGUGCGACACACUUAAACCAUUUCAUCGUCCUGUGCCUGCUAAACCAUGCCGCGCAGAUUAAACGGUUUAACCGUGCUCGUUCAACGAUCGAUUGCACUGGGCCCAUUAAACUGUUGAACUAUUGAACCGUGCCGGACCCGUUGAUCUGUUGAGCCGUGCCGGACCCGUUGAUCUGUUGAGCCGUGCCGGACCGAGUCUUAGGAAGUGGCAGCCGCGGUCACGGUUGUUAAAUACACCGGUGGCCGUGUCCCGCUGGGUAUUUGUCCUGCUGGAGUUGUGUUUCUUGAGGGAGGGAGGGAGCGUCUGGCUCUUGCAACACCGUCACCCCGUGCGUCUGCAGGGGAAGUUGGGAACGUGACUGGUUUAUGAGGCAGUGUACGUUUAAAUAACUCACCUCACAGAUGAAUGCAUUUCCACAAUUCGAGGUCCUGUCUUUUGUACGGUCCAUCAUGGCUCGUCUCUUGUCGUCUCGUACAUUCCAUUUGAGGUAAGAGUUUAUUGUUGUUUUGUUUGCGUGUGUAAUGUUACAGCCCUUUGUCAAUGCACUGCUGGAUGAAGGCCUUUCCACACCAUACAGGUCAUGUAGAUUAUACCUAUAUAUAGAUUAUAGCUAUACAUCUAUAUAUUACCAUACUUUACCAUGAUGGUCAGUGUGUCAUCGUGAAGGUGUGAAUUAUAGUAAAAAGUACUGUGAAUGUA